UUUGCUCUGGCAUGUGGCAUUUGAUAAAAAUAGCAUUAACAUAACCCAUACAAUAAAAAAACUUUGGCAUAAAUUAAAAGUGGCCGCUCAAGGAUUCUUUAGAACUUUUGAUGUGUUACUGUAAUUAUGGACGAAAACGAGUUUGCUAGAUCCUCUUCGCCUCUUGACCGCUCUCAGUAGUGAUCCGUGUUUACAAACAAACAGACCUUAGCCAACUAAAAUUGAUUUGUGAUAAAGUUAUUCAAUGUUAAAACAUGAAGAACAGUGAACUAGAAUUACGCCCAACGGACAUCAAUGGAAGUGAACCUAAAAGAAAUGGGAACAGUGAACCCAACAACCAACCCAAAUCGUUGCUGGGUAAAAUACGAGCAGCAAUCGCCUUCCUCACCAUAGAACCAUUCUUGCUCUGCUACAUUUUACCCAACUCCAUAUCCAGCAUAGCUGUUCAGAGACUGAACUUGGAGAAAGCGUGCCGCGUCGAUCUUGGACAUACUAAGGAAAAAUGUGACGAAUGGGAUGGCAAUAUAACCAUCCAAAUCCAGUCCAUGGUCGCUGAUAUGACAACAUGGCAAGUACCUUUGACUAGUGCUAUCCCUGCGAUUGUGAUAUUGUUUGUCGGAGCGUGGAGUGACAGCACCGGGAUCAGAAAAGCACUGAUGUUAAUACCGAUAUUCGGAGAGCUGGUGUCAGCAUUUGGUUUAGUUUUGACGACGCAUUACUUCGAAGAGUGGCCGCUUUUUGUCACGGCGCUGAUAGAAGCGCUGCCGACAGCAUUAUCUGGCGGAUUUUCUAUUGCUCUAAUGGGUUCCUACAGUUACCUUGCCGAUGUCACGUCUGUGGAGUCACGUACCUUUAGAAUUGGAAUCGCGGCUGUUAUAGUGACCCUGGGAGCACCAGCGGCAAUCUCUAUUAGCGGAGUGUUGUUGGACGCAAUUGGUUAUUACGGCAUCUUUGGACUAACAACGACUUUGUACGCGUUUGGGCUAUUGUACACUUUUUUCAGAAUUCAUGACGUAAAUCCUAAGAAAACUGAAGGCACUUGGUAUCAGAAGUUGAUAAAUUUCUUUCACCCGAAGAAUGCAUGGGACACGCUUUAUAUUGUGUUCAAAGAUGGUCCGAACCGAACGAAGAUUCUUCUUGUUCUUUUAGCUCAUGUUGUUAUUAUUGGACCUGUCUUUGGUGAAGGAGCGAUGUUGUACCAGUACCUGUUGUUCAAAUACAGUAUGGAUGACGUCGAAAUAAGUCUGUUCUUCACCUUCUCUAUACUUAUUGGUUUAUGUGGCACCGCGGUAGCAGUGACGCUCUUCAGCAAGUUUAUGAAGAUGCAUGACGCCAUUCUGGGCGUCAUAGCGACGACAUGCAAGGUCAUAUCGAGCAUCGUGUACGCACUCGCCCCCACAAGACCUUGGUUUUACUCUGGGCCUUUCUUUGACUUCUUUGGCGGUACGGGGGUGACUGCGAUCAGGUCGCUUGGGACUAAGGUUGUCGCGCCUGAAGAAGUUGCUAAGAUGUGCUCUCUAAUCGGUCUGAUGGAAGCAAUCACUCCAGUAAUCUACACGCCAAUGUACAGCCAGAUGUACAAAGCCACCAUAGAAACGCUGCCAGGUGCUUUCUACUUACUGGGAGGCGCUAUGACGGUCCCAGCGUUCUUUAUAUUCAUAACUCUGUACGUGAUAUACAAGAAAGAAGAACGGGACAAAGUAAAGAACCCCGAAAGCAAGGAGAGAUACGCCCAUGAAAAUGAUGUUACUGCCUUCUGAUUUUUAUGAAAUUGAAAAAAAAAAUGGAUUGUGUCAUUUGUAAUGUCGCGCAGAUUUGUCAAAAGAAUAUGGCGUUAUGAACUAAAGCACUCGACAUCUUGAAUGAAAUUAUCUAUAGGUACAGUCAACCAAUUGGAACUCUAGGCCACUGUAGAACUAUGUCACUGUGACGUUAUAAAUCAGAUUAUAAGAAAUCUCUUACUGCUUGUCAUUUUGACAUGGCUGUAGAGUGGCCUAGGGUUCCAAUUGGUUGACUGUACCUACUCAUAUAUAGACAGUUGGCAAAAACGGUAAAGAUUUCCUUACUCAUAAGGUAAGUUAGCGUGAUAUUGAAACGUCUACGUAUCUAAGAACCCAAUUAGAUGGAGCGCGAACUCGUGCUAUUU